GUGCGCAAACGCAGUUCGGGAGGUCGGGAUGUGUCAUGGCUUCGUCGUUUGGUUUCCGUCAUGUCUUUGGUGCCCUCCGGCCAGCGUUUACUGCGAGGCAGACAAUCCUAUACACUCAGAUUAGGGAGAAGAAACGAUGGAUGAAGUCCUACGUAUUGCUGAAGGAAAGGAAAAGGAAACUGGAGGGUCCUCCACCACCCAAGCCCCGAUCGCAGCAGCCAAACUGGGACUACCAUGCUGAAGUAGAGGCCUUUGGCUAUCGUCUUCAUGAGAACUUCAAAUUGGAUCUUCUCAAAACAGCAUUCAUUAAUCCCUUUUACAUUACCCCCGAGGAAGCACAGCAGCAAGAUCUUAAACUUGACAAAGAGAACAUAAAAUUAAAUCUCAAAGACAAUCGGGAUUUAUCUGAGAGAGGCUCAGUGUUCGCCACUGCUUAUCUCCAAGACUCUUUUAGUCGUGCCUAUCCAAAUUUGCCUGAUGACGGUAUUCAGGCACUUACUAGUUAUGUCACAGGGUCACAGGUUGUGUGCCAUGUUGCCAAGAACUUGGCCGUGGAAGACUUGGUACUAAGUGCAGAGUUCCCAGUGCCACUGGAGGUUUUACAGAAGACAUUCUUUGCUAUUGUUGGAGCUUUGAUUGAGAGUAGUGGAACUGAAAAAGCCAGCUUAUUUAUCCGGGACUUCCUAAUUACUCAACUUAUCGGCAAAGAUCUAUUUGAGAUUUGGAGUGUCGUUAAUCCCAUGGGACUUUUGGUGGAAGAACUGAAGAAGAGGAAAGUGCCCCUCCCUGAGCCCAGGUUGACCAGGCAGUCUGGGUCCGGCACUGUGCUUCCGUUGUAUUUUGUUGGACUGUACAGUGAUAAGCAGCUAAUUGCAGAAGGACCUGGUGAAACGAUAUUGGUAGCUGAAGAAGAGUCAGCACGAGUGGCACUGCGUAAAUUGUAUGGCUAUACAGAAAGCAGACCACCUUGGGAUUACUCGAUUCCCUCAAAGGAACCUCAAGCAGUCAAGGCUUUGAGCAGUUAAAGCAGCGUCAGCCUGUGUGAUUCACAUCUGAGUAUUACUUCUCUUUUGUGACUUUAACCAUUGUGUAAACUUCAGAAUUUUGUAAAAAUAAAAGAAUUUUUAAAUCAA